AUGGAGUCCUUCUUCUCCAAUAAUGAUUACCAUGAGCACUUAGCUAGAGUAGCUUCUGAUCAUUGUCCCAUCAUCCUCAAUAUCCUCAACUUUAAACUACCAACCGUGAAAUCUAUCAAGUUUGAGGAUGUGUGGGUCUUUUAUCCUGCUAUAAUCAAGGUGGUCAAGAAGGCUUGGGCUAUUAAUUAUCAGGGAAGUCAUGCACAUAUUUUAAACUCUAAAUUUGGAAGAUCUCUUAGAUCUCUAUUCUUUUGGAGUAAGGCUAAGAAGGUUAACCUGAAUUUAUCUAAAGAUAAAUCGAUGGAAGAUAUAUUGGAAAUUCAAAAUCAAGAAGCUGAAAUGGGUUGUCUCUCUGAUGAAGACUGCUGGAAAUUAGAAGCCAAGGUAUUGGUGCUGAAUUCUACAUUGGCUAGAUUGAACACAUGGUGGAAACAAAGAGCUAAAGUCAAAUGGAUGGUUGAUGGAGAUUGCAAUAUUAAAUUUUUUCAUUCAUAUGCUAGUGCAAAAAGAAGGUUGAACAACAUUGUGAAGAUCAAGGAUGAGGAUGGUAAUGUUCUGGAAGAACAAAAUCAAAUUGAGUAA